CCGCGGUCUACCAGUUUUAUUUCCGCGCCACACACUGCCUAAGUCUUUUCCCCUUCCGACAACAUCAGUCAUAGUCAGCUGAGAAUUGUAUUUUCUUUGGAAUUGUUCAUCUUGACCUGCGACUUGAAAGAGGUAUCUUUCAAGAUGGCUUUUGCAAUUGCCUUCUUGUAUGUGGUGUGGCUAUCAGUUUUGAACAGCUCUGCGUCGAAAGAAUGUUCGUCAGCAAGGUGUAAAUGCAUUGAUCUUGGCGAUGGAACAUGGGCUGCAAACUGCACCAGACGAAACAUAAAACAAAUACCUUUAUUUGCCAAAAAUAUCUCAAAGAUAAACCUCAGCCAUAACUUAAUCAGUGGGAUUGGUACGGAUACUGAGUGGCCACAGAUGCUUAAGGAACUGUACAUGAGGGAAAAUCAAAUCAAAUCAAUCGCCAGUAGCGCUUUCCGGGCACUCGUUCACCUCGAGGUUUUGAAUUUGGCCGGAAAUAAAUUGUGGUACAUAUAUUCACCGGAGUUGUCCUAUCUUCAAAGUUUGACAAACUUAAGGAUCUUGGACCUCUCAAACAAUGUGGACUAUAGGCGUGAUACAUCGUAUCCCGUGCACGGAUUUCGAUUCUUGAGAAAAUUGGAAUCAUUAAAGAUUGACGGUCUUCGGCGCGGAAAUUUUAAAGACGGAGACUGGAACUUGACUACUUUGACAAAUCUCACCGUUUCCGGUAUUACAGGAAAAUGUUACUUCGAGAAACUUCAAGGAGGAUUCUUCGGGGGAUUACCGUCCCUAAUACUGCUAGAAAUAACGGGGUGUCCGAUAAAGACGAUACACAAAGAUGUCUUCAGUCCCCUGCAUUCUUUACACACCCUGGAUUUAUCACACAACCAACUUCUGACGUUUGCUGUGCUAACGAACCUGUCCUUCGAUCUGCAAUUUACAAAUAUCCGGGUCCUGAAGGUUAAGAAACUGUACUGUAGACAUGGUCUUGGAACAUAUUUAUCUAACAAUCAAGUAGUUCACUUUAAAAACACAUCCAUCACAGACCUAGACUUAUCAGGCAAUCAUAUUGAAAUGAUGCAUCCGGAAGUCCCAAAAUAUUUCCCACCUAACAUGACUCGCUUAAAUAUCGCAGAAAAUCGUUUCACGUGGGGAAUGUACAUGCUCGCAUAUCAAUUUCUUACCAAACUUAAGGUUAUAGACAUCAGCAAACAAUUUUCUAAUCACUUUCAGAAUAUUCCGUCGUUUUAUUGUCAAAAUUCAAUAGACUGUGCUAGUACCGACUCCGAGAUGCAUGCGCCUUUGAAUACGCUUGAUUGGAAUGCAAGUACUAUGGUUAAAUCAACUUCUCCACAAUCAGAUUUGGACUUGUCGAAAAAACAAGUGACUUUUUAUGUGCCAAAAAGUCUUGAAAAAUUAUUUUUUCAUGACAGUAACUUUGCAUUUACCAUACCGGAGGUCCACCUCGGUAAUAACUUUUGCAGACAGUAUCAUGUACAAAACAAUUUCUUUAGUACUUUAAAUGGACCCAUGUAUGGCAUGGGUUACACGGAGUACGUAGACAUUUCGGGAAAUCUCGUACACUACAUUUCUCCCCAGUUCUUCAACUCGUUUCCGAAUAUGACGUAUUUGAACUUAUCAAAUAAUAUAUUGGGAAAUAUUUUGAAUGACACAGUUAAAGAAGAUCACUUUAAAGCACUUCAGAAGCUAAAAGAAAUUAAGCUUUCUAACAACACAAUUUCUUCAAUACCUCCAAAACUCUUAUCGGGUGCUGUAUCUUUAGAGACUCUAGACUUAAGCAAUAACCUAAUAACGAAUUUUACUUGUACAUUAAGCGAGAACACUCCUUUAAAGCACCUCGAUUUAUCGGCGAAUCGCCUGAAUGUAAUUUCUAGUCAAACAAUACAUCGUUUGGAAAGUUUUCAUGAACGUAAAAACCUGACUAUUAAUCCCUCAGGAAAUUUCUUUGAUUGCACAUGUGAAACAAUUUUCUUUUUGCAAUGGGUACGAGAUUCAAAAAUUCAUUUUCUGGAGAAAAACAAGUAUACAUGCAGAAAUUCCCAUUUAAGAAGACGAACGUUUAGCGAACUGAAUGAUAUUAUACGAGAACUCGAGCAAAAUUGUACCUCAAAUCUUCCCAGAACAAUCGGUAUAACGGUUUCUGUUAUGGUUGUAUUAACAAUUGGAAUUAUGGGUACUUUAUAUAAGUUCCGUUGGACCAUUCGAUAUUUCUUCUAUCGCACAAAAUUGGAAAUUCAAGAAAUCGUCAAACCGUCGACACGAAAAAUGAACCGAGAAUACAGAUAUUCAGCCUUCGUUUUGUACUCUGAGAACGAUUCGAUUUUCGUUGAAAACGAUUUGGUACAUCAGCUGGAAUUACAGGAAGGACUGCAGCUUUGUUUGUCGAAUCGAGACUUUUCCCCAGGUUUAAGAAAGUUCGCUAACGUCACCCAUGCCAUCCACAACAGUAGAAAAAUUAUCUGUGUAGUCACCACCGACUUUCUUGAUGACCGAUGGUGUAUACAUCAAUUGCAAAUGGCGCUGGAGGAUAAAGUUCAUCGGGAAGACGAGGAGGACUGCAUUAUCUGCAUCCUCUUCAGAGACCCUUCACUGGGAGAUCUGGGCGGAAGUCAACAAUCCCUGCUGAUAAUGCCCCUCAUUCAAAACAGGUCGCAUGCGCUCUAUUCACAGAACCCGGAAGGGCAUGCACCGUUUUGGAGGAGGCUCAUCGCCGCUCUACGAGAGUAACAAGAAGUGUUUUCGUUUGAAUGUAUUUUAUUGUAGGACAAUUAGAAAGGCAUUGGAUUCAAGUUCUUAAACACUUAGACCACCCUUCCCAACAUAUAUGGAAUGACAAAUACAUUUAUCAAAAUAAGAAUGGUGUGACCGGUCGACAGGGGAUGCUUACUCCUCCUAGACACCUGCUCCCACCUGUGAUAUGUCCAUUUGUCUCUGUUUGUCCUACUUUAAAUUUUGUAUUCUUUGUAGAAGUUACGAGAUUUAUUACUGUUCGUUAUCUUCACCUUUUUAUGGUACUUGGACACGAUUUUGGUACAGAAAUCGUUUUUGAUAUCUAAUUAAUAUAGUAUUUGAUUCGUGUAAAACAAAGCAACAUACCUGAAUUUCAAAAACUGACGCAAACAUGUAUUUGAGAUAUCUAAACUUUUCAUUUUCAAAGCAAGGCACGAGCUCUGUUUAUGUGACUCGGCUAUCAGUUGACGGCUUCGGUGAAAGAAAACUUUUACAACGAAUAAAUUCUUCUUUUUUCCCCUCUUAUUUGUGCUUGCUCUCAAAAUUGAUUUAUCACUAACGUUUGCCGAAAUAUUGAGUGUUUUUUACAUACUGUUUAGAAAUCUUGGCGUUCUUCCCUCUGCAUGUGAUUUUCUAGCUAUGACAUUUGCUUUUAGUAAGAUGUUUGCUGUUGUUUUAUGGAUUGUAGUAAGAAUUUUGGACCAAAGUCACAAUUCUUGUAGAUCCUGAAUAAACUGCUUUCUUUAUAGUUUUGAAAAACUAGAAGUUGUCUUGUAAAGAAUUGUCAUCUGUAAAUAAUCUAUAAAGACAUUACAUUUAAUCUAUGUAUAUGAAGAAUAUCAAUGGUCCUGGAUAUAAUACAGACACUUGCGGGACACCAGCAAAAUCAUAAAGUUUAAGACUGAAAGAGCGUCGCUCUAGGAUAACAUUUGUAUUAUGUUGUGUAGAUAAUGUUUUAAUCAACUAUGUAGACUGUAGCCGAUUCCACAUGUUUAUAUAUUUAAUUAGCUUUUCUUAGUCAGAAUCUUAAUUUAUAUCCAUAAAUGCACCAUGUAAAUUGAGACUGGUUUUGAAAAUAUAAGUAUAUGUACCUUUAUGAUUUCAUCUUCUAUUAUUUCCAAACCAAAUCACAGUUAAUUCGAAAUAGGAUUUUAAAAAUAGUGUUUGUGUUUUCUAUGACUGUUCUAAUGCAUUUAUCGUUUGAUGGUCAGAAAGAAUUUCAUCGAUAAGGAGCGAACAAGAAACAAUUAUGAAAUAUUCUAGAAUAACAACAUUUAGAUUAUCUGCUAUGUGUAGUGGAUUGAAAUGUUCUAAAUAUGGACGUGUUAAAUUGUUUGUCACGAUUUUUUUUUUUUUAUUUAUUUACUUUCCCACUGGUUCCUUACCCAUAGAAAAAUACACAAUGUUUCACCAAACAAAUUUUCAAAUGUAUUGCCAUGCUCAUAGAACACUUUAAUUGAAACAGGACGUACUUUGAAAAUCAUUACUUCCUGAUUACGAAUUCGAAACUGGGUGGAACCGCUGUGAUCUAACACGUACGUGAUAUAUGCCGUAUAUGUAACAAUGAUAAAAGUUCCAGACUGACGCCCUUCUCCAAUACGAAGACCGCACUAUUGUGAAUAUCUAUGUCCGGGUUGGAAAUGUUUUCUCUUCUCACCGUUGCGACUCGAAAUUCAAUCAAUAAUAUGCAUUUUAAAAAAAACCCAUUCAUUUCUUCUACAAAUACUGCGAAUAAAAAGAGGAAAAUACACAUUUGAUCUUCACAUUAAAUACGACUUAAUUAAACCAAUAUCACUGGGGUUUUUCUAAAAUAAACAACCAUACGCAUAUAAGUACUACAAGUAAUUCAAUUUCAUUUAGAGUCAGCGAAAGUUGGUACCCUAUUUGCUUUUAAAAAAGGGGGGGGGGGUGAAAUCCACAAAAUGAAAAAAAAAAUUAAUAUUUUGUUUUAAAUGUUCAACCCAAGGGACAUGCUUGUAAUCUCCGUAACUCUCUGUAGCUCCGUAACUCUCUGUAGCUCUCUGUAGCUCCGUAACUCUCUGUAGCUCUGUAACUCUCUGUAGCUCCGUAACUCUCUGUAGCUCCGUAACCCUCUGUAGCUCCGUAACCCUCUGUAGCUCCGUAACCCUCUGUAGCUCCGUAACCCUCUGUAGCUCCGUAACUCUCUGUAGCUCCGUAACUCUCUGUAGCUCCGUAACCCUCUGUAGCUCCGUAACUCUCUGUAGCUCCGUAACUCUCUGCAGCUCCGUAACCCUCUGUAGCUCCGUAACUCUCUGUAGCUCCGUAACUCUCUGUAGCUCCGUAACCCUCUGUAGCUCCGUAACUCUCUGUAGCUCCGUAACUCUCUGUAGCUCCGUAACCCUCUGUAGCUCCGUAACUCUCUGUAGCUCUCUGUAGCUCCGUAACUCUCUGUAGCUCCGUAACCCUCUGUAGCUCCGUAACUCUCUGUAGCUCCGUAACCCUCUGUAGCUCCGUAACCCUCUGUAGCUCCGUAACCCUCUGUAGCUCCGUAACUCUCUGCAGCUCCGUAACUCUCUAUUUCCUAUUUUUGAUUGGGAAAUUCAUAGGGUAAUUAUUUGUUCUAAUGAAAUGAAAUUUCAAAAUCGAUUUUCCCCCCUGUUCUGUCACUUUAUUUAUAUAUUCUUAUAUACCUAGCUACACAUAAUAAUUGCAUUGUUGUCUAAUAAUCUUGUUGCAUUUCAUAACAGUGCAUGUGAUUAAAAGUAGAUCAUAGAUUAAAUAGUUUUAUCAGAUAACAAUCCAUGAUAAUAGUAAUAAUAAUAAUGAUAUCACAGCAUGAUAUCUCUGUAACAAUGAAAAUGUUCCAGAAAUAUAGCAUUUACUUUCGUUGUUAUUGAUUGAUUGAUUGACUGUUGUUUCUUCACUCAUAUGACGUCUCAUUCGUUUUGAGCUAGCUUGCACAUUAUACACAUUAUAUACAUUAUCUUCCGUUUACAAAUACUACCAAUCAUACUAAAACAAUAUGUAUAGAUAAUUCAAUGAUAUUGUCACUGUAUGUCACGUUAAAUGAAGAGGUAAUAAUGAUUAAAAUAUCAAAGGAUUAAAA